AUGACGGGCAACCACGCGGUGGCGGAGGAGGUAGAGGAAGAGGAAGAGGAAGAAGAGGAGUUCUACGAGUCCUUGGACCGGAUCCUUUCCUCGUCCUGCUCCUCCACCUCCGCCUCCGACGACGACGCUGACGAAGUCCGUUCCCGCCGUCCCUCCCCUCCCCCGCCGCCCUUGUUACCCUCGCUCGACGUCUGGACCUCCGAGCCCGCUUCAGUCGCGGAACGCCGCCGCCUCCUCCUCCAGCGCCUCGGCCUCGCCGGCGACGCCGCCCUCGCCCGCCCCGCCGCCGGCUCCGACGGCCGCGGACACUCUUCCUCUGUUGAUACACCCGACCCUCCGCACCUCCCCCGCCAACAGCAGCAUCAGAGAUCGAUCAAUCUGCUGGACUCCCGCAAGCUCCCCCUCUCCUCGAGAUCUCGGCCCUUGUCCGCCGUGAAUGUCAGGCUCUCCGGCGGCGACGACCACAGGUGCUUGAUCAAGAAUCUUGACAACGGGAGGGAGUUCGUGGUGGAGGAGUUCGGGCAGGAUGGGAUGUGGAACAAGUUGAGAGAGGUCGGGACGGGCCGGCAGCUCACGAUGGAGGAGUUUGAGAUGUGCGUCGAAGGAUCGCCCAUCGUUCAAGAACUGAUGAGGCGGCAGAAGGUUGAGGCGGCCCGGCAGCACGGUGGGUCUGGCGGCGGGCCGCGAGCCGAUGGACCCUCCAAGGAACGGACGCGGUCGAAGAAAAUAGCAAGUUGGCUCAGGCGCAUCAGCAACGUGGCAGGAGCUACGAUUGCCAGAAGGCACCAUCAGGACCGUCGGAGUGGCGACGAGAAGGAUACAUCGUCUGAGACUGGAGGGAGAAGGUCGAGCUCUGCUACCGAUCACAGCCAGGACGGUUCGCAUGGUCUCGACCUUCGUGUCAAGGUUUGGCAGUACGGGAAGUCCCACAAGGAGCUCAGCGGUCUGUACAUGAGUCAGGCGAUUCAGGCGCAUAAUGGUUCCAUCUGGAGCAUCAAGUUCAGCUUGGAUGGCCGGUACUUGGCUAGUGCAGGAGAGGACUGUGCCAUCCAUGUGUGGGGAGUUUCUGAGAUCAAUACAAAGGGGGACUCGUUGAGAGUGGCAGAGGAGAAUGGGAAUUCUAAACCCUUUGCUUUGUCAAUCUGUAAUCGUCCACCAGAUCCAACAUCAGUGUUGCCCGGUGCUGAAGGAAGCCAUUGGGAUAAGAAGAUAAUAGCAAAGUUCCAUGGUGGUCGGAAAUCGGUUAUCUCCGACCCUGUUAUGAUGCCGGAGCAUGUGUUUGCUUUGUCGGAGAAACCAGUGUGUUCUUUCCGAGGCCAUGCUGAUGAUGUCCUUGAUCUCUCUUGGUCAAAAUCACAGUAUCUUCUGUCAUCUUCAAUGGACAAGACUGUUCGACUAUGGCACAUGUCUAGCAAUUCCUGUUUGAAAAUAUUCACACAUAGUGACUAUGUGACUUGCAUCCAGUUCAAUCCUAUUGAUGACAGGUAUUUCAUCAGUGGAUCCCUGGAUGAGAAGGUCCGGAUAUGGAGUAUUCCUGACCCUCAAGUUGUUGAUUGGAAUGAUUUGCAUGAGAUGGUCACUGCUGCUUGUUUCUCUCCUGAUGGACAGGCUGCUCUGGUUGGUUCACAUAAGGGGAGUUGCUACUUGUAUGAUACAUCUGAUAACAGACUUAUCGAAAAAAGACGAAUCGACCUAGAAAACAAGAAAAAGAAGGCCGCACACAAGAAAAUUACUGGGUUCCAGUUUGCUCCAGGGAGCUCCUCAAAGGUGCUAGUUACAUCUGCGGAUUCGCGAGUCCGGAUAAUCGCUAAUGAGGAACUUAUCCACAAAUUUAAAGGGUUUCGCAACACAAGCAGCCAAAUCUCAGCCUACUGGACUGCCAAUGGCAAAUAUGUUAUCUGUGCCAGUGAGGAUUCUCAUGUAUAUGUAUGGAGAUAUGAUAACCAGUUGCAACCAAGCCGCAGCAAAACUCCUGCAAGUGUCACGCGGUCUUACGAGUAUUUCCACUGCCAGGGUGUCACGAUGGCUAUUCCUUGGCCAAGCACAGGAACAGAAAUGAUGAACAGAGCUCACUCCAGUGAACAGCUUGUGUUUAAUGAGGAAUCAGAUGCCAAUGGACAUCAUCGUUCAUCUUCUCAUGGUUACCUUACCAUUGGGUGUCAACAGAAAAACAACAUUCUCACUCCAAAUUCAAGUCACUCCUCUGAUAGGGUUUCUGCAACUUGGCCCGAAGAGCUCAUGGCUCUUAGGCAGAGCCCUCAGAGUGACGGUGAUCUUUUCGGCAGACGCAUGCCGGUGCAAAAUACAUCAGCCUGGGGAUUGGUGAUUGUCACUGCAAGUCAAUGUGGCGAAAUUAGAACUUUCCAGAAUUUCAGCUUUCAAUUUCUGACAUGAUUUUUGUUCAGCAGCCUUUGAGCAAUACUCAUUACUUCCACUGUAGUUUUGUGUACAGAUAGUUGGAUAUUUGGCAGAGAUCUGUGACAUAUAAUGGCAAGAGAGAGUACCAAUCCAGCAACUCAGAGAUCUCACCACAGCAAGGAUUCUUCUCAAGUGUACAAUAAAGCAGAAGCUAAAGAUGGUGGAUGAUCGGUCCUCCUUGGUAAUCUUCCUUCUUUUUUUUCCUUUUUCUUAUCACCGCAACCAUGUUUUAGGGAUACGGUGUUCUUGUGAAACCUCUCUCCACCAUUCUUUUAUUUUAUUCUGUACAAAAGAAACAAAAUGUGAAUGCUGCAAGAAAAUUGCACAUAUUAGCAGACGCUGGAAGGAGAUUUAGGAAAGCAAUAAAGAUCAUUGUUUCUCACUGAACCUGAGUGGAUCAUGUUGUCCAAAACCUCACCACAUCGGACAAGCCAUAUCGCCGGCAUUGCCAACCACCUCAUUCUUCCUCUGGCCGCAGCUGCCACAGUCGAUCUGUCCCUGUGAAGGACUCAUCGAUAAACCAUGAGUUGACAGACAAAAGAGACCUUCUUUGGGUGAACCACAAGUAGAUUGACUGGUGAUAAAUGCUUGGUGGGAGAUUUGGAUGCAGCUGCAUUGACCUUUUGAUGUUUCUACCAAAUUGUUCCAGCAUAAGAUAUCCAGCAGCUAAACAUCUAUUGCCCUGCCAUGGUCUCUAUACAGGACGAACGAAAGCUAACCCUCCGUGAGUUUAGCAGCAAAAGUAAU